UAUAUUUGAAAAUGAAAUUGUUUCUAUUUUUCAUCUGUUUUGAUGUUUUCAAUUUUGCAUAUAGUUCAAUUGAUAUUGACGUGAACGGGUUUUCAUUUACUUACACGCUCUCUAAGACAACAAAGUGUAUAGAAGGGGACUCUCGAUUUGCCUUUUACAAUGGUAUUUCUAUUGAAAAGUGUGUUCUUGAAUGUGGAUUACGACCUCAUUGUGAAACAUUGAAUUAUGUCAACACUAACGGUAUAUGUGAACUUUUCUCGCUCGAUUCAAGUUUGAAUGGUUUAAGAAAUGGUGCAUGUUUGCGAGUGAAAAAAUCGGACAUCAUGUAUCACAAGAAACCGUGUGGUGAAUGUAAUAGAGGCCAAGUUUGCGAUUUAUCCACGAACAGAUGCCGACAAAGUGAAUGUGUUAAUGAUACUCAACCUGCCAAUGGAAAAGUGUUAGGCAAUCUUAGAGGAAUAGGUGACGUCAUACGGUACAAAUGUGACGUAGGAUACACAGAGAAAAACGGGAAAACGGUUGUCGCCAAGUGUCUUGAAAAUGGAAAAUGGAAUGCUACUGUGCAGUGCUUAAAGGUAUGUGAUGAGCCUUUCAUCAGAAACGCCGCUAUAUCCAGUGGUGGAACUAUUGAAGGAUCAGUCAGAACUGUGACGUGUAACGGCAAGACAGCGAUUGAUGUCAACACUGUGACGUCAGACAUUGAGUGUAUCAAGGAUGGAUCCUGGAAUCCGGAUAUCACAUGUACCAAGUUUAACAGUGUAAUAUUUAAGGUUGUAGCUGGUAAUGGAAAAAGCGCAUUAAAUGCCUGGAGAGACGGUACUGAAUCCACAAGUGAGAAGUCAUGCAGGGACAUUUCCAAAUUGAAUUGCACCAACCAUUAUAGAGAUCCAAGAAUUGAUGAAUGGGAUACUUUAAAUGUUACAAAGGUUAGAUAUUCCGUUUAUAAAAACGCCACUGAAGUUGCUUGGGUAGACUUUAACGGAACCGGAAGCAGUAAAAUGGAUUGGUUCCAGAAAGAACGUGUAAUUGAUUCAAGCUAUACUGAUUUGAACCCAUCGUCAAGAACAAAUCAUUUUGGAAUUGCUACUGAUGUUUUGUGA